UUUUUAACUAAGAUCUUUUUUAUUGAUUGAUACGUUAGCUCCAUCCUGUCCAUGGGCAUUUACAUUGAAUAAUACCUGGUAUUGAGAUCAAUCCUUGACAUGACUCUUCUGUAUCUUGAUAAUUACCUCUGAUUUUUUUUUAAAGAGGAAAAGAGAUCACCACCAUUACAGUAUUUAUCACAUCUAUAUGAAAUAAGGAUGAACAUUUUUCUUUUGUGCUAAGACUGUAGGCUACAUCUCAGGUAGAACUCCAUGUUAUACACAUAUCUGAACAGAAUCUUACUACUUGUACAGCUAUGGCCGUUGCUAUAUGGUGAUUAUUUCUCAUGAUUGUUGACCUGUAAGAUUUAUAUUGUAUAUAUAGUAAAAUGACCUUUUAAUUAACAAUUGUGAGGAAUAUAUAGCUCCAAAAAAAGUAUAACUUAAGCCAUUGUUUGAUUAAGUCAAUUAAUCCUUUGCGUGCGGGCUCGCGAAACCAGAUACCUCUCCCUGCGGCGGAGCCGUUUUUGUACAUUGCUGGUUUUUGGAUCUGUGGCGGUGUUUUCCUAAUCUAUUGCUAAUUGCGCCAAACUGAAGUAUUUUCAGGAUUUUUAGUAAAUGUAAAGAUGAAAGAUCAGACAUUUUUCUUUCUAGAAUUAAAGGUCUCGCUUCUCAAAUCAACUGAAUAGUUAAGAAAUUUACGAGGAAAAAGUCGUGUUAUUUUGUCAAAUCUUCGCUUUUUCCCAAGUCAAUAGGCACUGUGUACAAAAAUGCGUAAGGGCAAUCAGCACGCGCCGACAAGUCGGGUUCGAUCGAUACCGCUUUGUUGUCUGCUCUAGUGCUUUUUUCAUUGCCUAUUGUAACGCUACUCAUGAAUGGUCUCUUUACCCCCUUGUAUUAAGAUCAUUUGCAAAGUGUAUAAGGGCCAUUCUCCGAAAAGGGGCUCCAAAGGACAUUUUCGUGUCUCCAACCUUCUCUAGGCUAUAAACCAUAAUUUAAUUCAUCAGGAAACCAAUUUUUUUACUUUUAUUUAUAUUACAGAAUAUGUUGAGUAAAUUUAAAAUCAACUGAGGUCACACCACCUCAUGAAAAAAUUAUAUACGACAGCACAAAAUAUAUAUAUGCUCAUUUUACCCAUGUCUCCAGCGAACUGUGUGAUUAUGUUUCAUGCUCCCGCUCUUUACCGUAAUAUCGGAACUUUAUGUUUUGUCCACUAAUUUAUAGUGCCUUCGGUGCCUAAAUAAGAAAGCAUAUUGCUUAGCGAAAAAACUUUUGUAUAUUUUUUCCUACGGUCUUAGCGAAGGUGUCUCCAAAUCGGGAUAAGAUACGUGACUUUUUGUAUGACGCCCUAAAAAGAACGAAGACAAUAAUGCAGUGAUCUGUAUUUCGGUGUAGUGAAUGAAGUCCAUUUCAAGACUAUAUAAAUACAAAUAGUGUAUACUGAAUCUCUAUAAUAAUGAAUAUAUUCAGACACAAAGUUUUCAAUUGUGUAUGUUACGAUAAGGUAAAAUAAGAUACGUUACUGAAACUUUGCUAUAUUACAGAAAAAUAACUUGGUUAACAAAGUUAUAAUGUGUUUUGUUUUAGAGCACUCUACAUUGCUUACGGUAAUACAUGGUAGUUACGAAAAGAAAAGGUUGUUAUUUUGUGAAAACACAAGGUUGACCCUAAAGGCCGUCAAAUACGUUACCGUCAAAUACGUUACCGCAUUGCGCGUUGAUAGGCACAAAGCGCUUUUCACCGCGCAUUCUCUAAUUUUGCACACGCUUUUAGCGCUUCUCCACCCUUCAAAACAUGGCGGCAACGUCGAGCGUUAUACGUGCUGAGAGUCUGAGGGAGAUGUAAGGCUUCUCGCCGUUUGUUAUUCAUCCCAGCUACGUGGUCGGUAAGAAUUUACAUUUUUUGAAUAUUGACAGAAUAUAGUUCAUUUAUCUGUUUGAGUACUAUGAUACAUUUGAGAGUUAUUUGAAGUUGAUGGAACAGUUAUAGGCUUAAGACAUCUAACACGAAUGCAUGCGAUUGUUUAGUGUGUGUGAUAGCUCGCAUGAACAUUAGAAUGUUACCAGAUAGGCACGGUAACGUAUCUUACCCGACUGGUAACGUAUCUUAUUAGAUAUUAAUGUCAUGUUUUUACAUACACGACGACUCAAUAUUUUAUAUUUAUUUGUUAUUAAUUAUUAAAUAAUGUGCAUAUAAAACUCCCAUGCUGAUAUUUUUCCUCUCUGUCUGUCUCUCGUUUAUUUCAUAGAAAAAAAAGACAUGGGUAAAACACGUGCUGAGAUCCAGAAGGCCUACAGAGAGAGAAAGAAAAAUAGUGACCCCAUGUUUCUAGCGAAGGAGCGGAAAAGACAAAUCAAUUAUCGCGUUCCUGUUUCUGACCAAAAGACGUCGGCUCUGAAAAAAAUCCGGAAGAAGAAUCGAAUGUACCAACGCAAAUUCAGACAGAGGAAAAAGGAUAAUGAACAACCGCCGGGAAAUGGGACAUCUCCGUCUUCCAAACCCGCCGUUCUUGCCGAAAGACGAAAUUCGCGUUCGACGUCGCCACUGCUAGUUCAGUUUUCCUUUCCUAAAAAAAACACAGCACGAAAGAGGUCAAAAGCUCUGAGAAGUGCCAACAACAAGAUCAAAGAGCUCGAAACCAAAAACAAAAAGCUAAAUAAAGAAGUGAAAAAAGUACAGAAGCGAAUCCAGAGGCUUGAUAAGAAGCGCAAGAGAUCGUCUCCUCGUCGUUUGUCAGCAGAUAUGACCCCCAAAAGUAAGACGUCGGCUGAACUACAAGAAGCAGGUCUCGAUCUGCAGGAUUUGCCGCCAUCAGUGCAUAAGAAGUUGCUUUUUGCCAAUGUCCUGACGCAUCAUAUAUCAGUGAAGCGAAAACAUGGUUCUGCCCAACAGAAACAGAGUUUGAGGGUAACUGUAUCCGGUAAAGUUAUCAAGAAAUAUAAAUGUGCUAGACUUAUGAACCGGCAAACUGGAAUCGACCGAAGAGCCCAUGUCAAGACUUGGUAUCUGCGAUCAAGACAGAUAUCUGAGCUUCAGAAAAGGAUCAUCUCUUUCUAUGAAAGAGACGACGUAAGUCGCUGCAUGCCAGGGAAGCGAGAUGCAACCAAGGCCGGAUCUCAGAAGCUUCAGAAUCGGGUGCUAACUGAUUACCUCCAAAAUACGCAUGCAAAGUUUUGUUCCGACAAUCCCGAUGUUCAAGUUUCACUUUCAAAGUUUUGUAAGCUCAGACCGUCACAUGUUAAACUUACAUCUCUUCUUUCCAGAGCGACGUGUCUGUGCACAAGCCAUCAGAACAUGGCUUUUAAACUCAAGGCCUUGCGUAAUUUGGGUUUAGAUAUUUCGUUGAAUCCUGAGACAGCUGCCAAGAUUGUCAACGCUGAUGAAAUGAAACAACUUCUCUCUCAAGUAGAUACUGAAGAGGUAGAUUUUGAGGCAUGGAUGAAGGUUGAAGUCAACGGAAUGAAGAAAAUGAGAAUCGACAACGUAAAGAAAAGCCGUGCUGAUUUCAUCACACUAAUGCAAAAUGAAUACAUCUCAUUUCUUGAGCACGUUGGCAGGGUGCGAGCCCAAUACAAGGCCAUUCUCGAGCUAAAGGAUAGGUUGCCACAAAGCGAAGCAAUAGUCCAAAUGGAUUUUGCCGAGAAUUUUGUGUGUCAGAGUGCCCAAGAGAUACAGAGUGCAUACUGGAAUUCAACGAGUACAACACUACAUCCAACUGUGACAUACUACAGAGAUGAAGAUGGGAAACUGCAACACAAAAGCAUUGUGUUUGUUUCGGAUCUUGGUGAUCACAAUUCGAAGGCGGUGAUGGCUAUUCUCAACAAACUUGUCCCAAUCCUCAAGACGCACAUUCCUGAUUUGCGAAAGAUCCACUACUGGACCGAUAGUCCAUCCUCACAGUAUCGGAAUCGGUUUAUCUUCAGUACUCUCUGCCAACACAACGACUUAUUUGGUGUAAAAGCGAGCUGGGACUACUUCGAGUGUGGUCAUGGCAAAAGUGUUUGCGAUGGCAUUGGCGGGACAGCAAAGAGACAAGCUUCUGAUGCUGUGAAGCAAGGCAAGGCUGUCAUACAAGAUGCUACUGAUUUCUUCGCGUGGGCGUCUUCUCAUGAGAAAGAAAUCACGUACGUUAUGUACUCAAAGGUGGACUACGACAGAGCGACAGAGCAGCUCUCUUCCACUGAUUGCCAACCUAUUCCUGGAACAAUGAAAAUUCAUUCUGUGCAUCCAACAAGUCAAACAAAGAUGCUUGUGAGACACACUUCUUGCUACUGCGAGAACUGCGUAAAGGGACAAGAUAGGUGUGACGGAUGGAUGAUUAGAACACUAAAGCCUAAACGAGCAAAACCCAGUGAUGCUGAAGUCGUAAAAGCGGUUGUGAAGGCCGUGGAGACAGUUGAGGCCGUGAAGACCGUUGAAGCCGCGGAGACAGUUGAGGCCGUGAAGACUGUUGAAGCCACGGAGUCAGUUGAGGCUGUGAAGACCGUUGAAGCCGCGCAGACAGUUGAGGCUGUAGAGGUUAAUCAUACACCAGUUCUACCAGCUGUUGAUGAGUAUGUGGCUGCCGUAUACUCGGGUCAGUGGUACUUGGGAAAAGUCUUAGAAGUGGACCUCGAAGACCGUGAUGCCAAGAUAACAUUCAUGACUCGCGUGACAUCAAAGAAGGUCUCAACCCUCAUGACCUUUAAGUGGCCAGAUCCAGCAGAUAAAAUCUGGAUUCCAUUCGAUGAUAUACUCACCACAACAGCUCAGCCAACAGGGCUUGGAAAGUCAGAGAGAAAAUUUGAGUUAACCAUCGAACAGUUCACACUAAUCGAAGAUUUGGCCAAAAAAUAUAAAGAAGCACAAAUUAAGUAAAAGGAUCAAUAUUAGAAUUUGCAGGUGACAAAUACUUGGACAGCAUUACUUGUAUUUAUGCACUUUCCAUAUCCUCCCAACAAUUUACGAAGAAAAGGAAUCAUUUCCCUGUAAUGCAAGAAUGAUGAAAAUGGCAUAUUUUAAUAAAAAGGAAAAUAAUGACGUUAUUAAUUUUUUUCUGGAAAACAUUUCUUUUUUUAUGAGCAAGUUAAUGAUGUAAUUCCCUUACAAUUUUUCUCCACUUUUAAUUUACAGAAAUCCUUUUAAUAAAUCCAUUUAUCAAGUAUGAUACAGUAAAGUUUUCCUAUUCAACUAACCCCAAAUUAAUACAAAAUGAAUGAGAGAUGCUAUUUGUUCUGAAAUAUUUGUUCUGACAUAUCUUGAAGGGGUAUGGUUGCCUCUAUGCUGGCCAAAACUAUCCAAAAUGUCAUUACAACGUGACAAAUUAUGAGGGGAUGACAUUAACAACUUGCUCAUUAGAAUAUGUUUUCUGAAAAUGUGAAAUUUUGAAUUAUAAUAUUUCCUUACUAGUUGUCCGUUGUUAUCCGGUAUGUAUUUUCCUUCCUUCUUAAAUCAUGCUAAUAUUUUUUUACCCGGAUUUUCGCUUUAAUACUUGCCACAUUACGUACAAGCGGCAACAUAAUGUUACACUUAUUGUCAACUGAUACGUGGAAGGAGAAUAUUUCGAUUCCGUAGUCUAAUUGUUUUGUCUUGGCUCUCUCUCUGAAUGUACAAAAAAUAUGAAAAAGUAGAAUCCGUCAACAUAGUGUAAGCUUUAAUAUACCGAAAUAUUUGAGUGGAUGAUGAAUCAGAUGUGCUACAAAGACAUUUUAAUUACUUGAGAGUUGUGUCUGCUACGUUACCACCAUUAUCUACCGUAUACCUCCUUGGCUCUUUUUAAAUUUUAAAAACAAAUUUUAUGACAGAACAUGUGGAAAUACAUUAACUUAUACAAAUCUUUUUAUACUAUUCAGCGUGAUUAAUUGUUAAGAAUGAGAUCUUUCAUACAAUUUAAGAAGGUUCUUUUUUUUAGGAGCAGAGCCGAAACACCAAGUAUAGCCCAAGUGAAAUAACGUUGUAUACUUAUAAGUUUACAUUAUCAACAGUCAAAUACGUUACACUACGUUGCAGUUAUAUAUUUGUCUAAACACUCGGAUGUAAUCAAAUUUAUCAUGUUUUUCCAAACUGCAUGAUGUUACAUAUUUCAUUAAAAGUUAACAAAGCUACAUAAUAGACUGUACACAUUAGAAAUCAAAAGCUUUGGUCAUAUAUUUGAAACAGUAUUUUAAUUAUGUCUUGGGUUAAUUUUGUCUGUGUUUGUUUAUUGAUGCAUAAUUUUAUUUACUGAACUAUGUCAAGGUGAUUAUCCUAAAUAAUAAUUAUGUUCGAGGUGGAUAUAACAUUUUGAUGAAAGACAAAAUGCAAGAGUGAGUUUCUGCAUGUUACUAUUAUAAGUCACAGUAACAACAUUUUGUAGUAUAGAUGUCUGUAAGAUACGUUACCAUAUUGACAUAUUACAGUUAUAUAUUUGCCUUGCACUUGCAGGUAAUACAUUUGAUGAUAUUGUUCCAUCUUAAUAAUGUUAGAUAUCUUAUCAAUGAGUUUAUAGAUGGAAAUGGACUACAUCGUGCACUUUAAAUCAAAAGUUUAGGUCAUACAUUUCAAACAGAACAUAAUUAUGUUAUUGCGUAAAUUUUGUUUAUUUGUAUGCACGUAUGCUAUAGAUGAAUACAUGACUUUGCAUUACUGAGCAGUGUUUAAUCGGGAUUAUAAAUCUGAAUGUUCGUAUUUCAUAAUAAUACCAAAUAAAUAAAUAAAUAAAUAAAAAUAAUUCGUUUGGAUGUAAAAUAUAUUGCACGAUUGAGUUUAUCGUUAUCUUGAGAUAUAAACCACAGUAAACGAAAUUUUGUGGAAGUAUGUCAGAUACGUUACCAAUUUUCUCUUUUCUUGUAAUUCAGAAUGUAUGAAAUCUGCUGUAAAGUGUGCUUACAAUGAAAUAUCUUUAAUAAUUUCAGUAUUUAUGUAUGAUUUUUAUUAAUGUUUCAAAGCAAUAUAAGAUCAAAUUGUAUUAGAUAUAUGAAUUGCAAUUUAGGUUAUGUAUUUUAUCUGAAAAUAUACUAUUUUUUCGCGCUGAUUUUGACUUACAGACUUCAAACAUCUAUCAUUUUGAUACAUCUCGACCAAUCAAAUUUCAAGAAUUACUUUUUAAUCAUGUUUGUAUAUUAGUUACGUUUACUUUGAAAUAUUUACUGAUACUAUUGGUCCACAAAUGAUACAUCCCUAGCGAUUUUCUUGUCUAAGGCCUAAUGGUAACGUAUCUGACGGGUGGUAAAAACUAUGUAAAAAGGUGUUCAAGUUCAAUGCUAUUUCUUGAAAAAUAUGUUGGGGUCAAAAAUCACCCGUUUGUUGUUAUGUGUUCUCGAAGUAUUAAAGUUUCUGAAUUCAAAUGAGUUUAAUUAAUUUUCUUAUGUCGAAAUUUGAAAGUUUGUCCAAUCCUGUUGGUGCACUUUUGUGGAGAAUGCGCCAUAAUUACGACGAUAAUCCGUUUUGGGUGAAAUCACAGCAUACCAAAUACCUUUAUUUUCCAGAAUGAAUAAAAAAGGGUGAAUAUAUUCCCUUGCAAGUACGAUGAUGAUGCUGCGCAACGAAAGUCCGAAACUAUUUUUUGAUUUUUGGCUUCUGGGCUUCAAGACGGUGGCCUCAAUGUUUCACUAAAAAUCGCCUUUGGUUUCUUCUUUUCUUAAAUUACAGUUUGUAAUAAAAAAUAAUUUUGUUGCUGAAGAUUGCAUACCAGUGUUCGAUUUGUUUUCCUGUUGCAAUUUCAAAGAGCGAAGGGGGUAAAUGUGACUCAAAUCUGAAAUCAUACCUCCCAACGCUCUCCUCGUCUCGUUCUAUGUUUCAUUUUUCUAUCUCCCUUUUCCCUCCAAAAUAACCAUGCUACCGAUUACUGUUCGUCACAAUGAGAGAAAAAGUAAAUUAUUUUUAUCUAUUGAAAUUUUAGCAUCUAAGUGUUUUAUUUGAAUCAAAAUACCCCGGGAGAUUUAGGGUUAAGCGCCUGCAUGUUUUAAAUAAGUAAACAUUUACUUUUUUUAUUGUUACUGUCGUAAUAUGAAAAGCAGUAUUCCUAAGAGCUUUUUGUAUCGCUAAAUACGAGAAGCAUUUACUAGGUCAUCCUGACGAAAUACACUAAUCUUCCUUUUAUUCAGGGCGUUGGCUAUUAGUCCCCUGCUCUUUUUUUAUAAGGAAUUUGUUUGAGCGUCCGCCAUGACUUUCUUUUGUUCAUUUUUAAAAGAGCAGAGGAUAAACGGUGUUCUUAAUUCCUUUAUUUUCUGUUUGUUUCCUUUGAAAUAGAAGACAAAAAUAAGAGCAAUAUCGGAUGAGAGAACGAGAGAAAGGGGGGGGGGUUCAAAAGUUUUCCAGUGGCCCGUUUUAUAUAAAAUUUGUUUACAAAUUUUCAAUAACACUUGAAAGCUAUAUCAUUCUAUUUGACUGGCUGAUGGUAAAUUUGUUUAAAUUAUUGCGCAUUUUUCAAUAUAACAUGUGCAUGUAUAAUGUAUUUAUAAAACGGUACCAAUUAGGGAUUUCCUCGUUUUCCCUUUCUCUGGUUUCUAACCUGUAACUGAAUGUAUUAUCUACUGCUUUCAUUCCCUUAUAUCUAUCGUCUUUCUAUAUCCCCUCCCUUCUACACCUUUUUUCUCUGAGUUCUUCUCAUUUGAAUUAUAUCUGUAUCGUCUUCUUUCUUCCCGAUUUGGAUUACGAGGUAUAUACCCGCCCCCACCCCCCCCCCCCCCUCAAUCCUUUCUUUCUGAUUUUUUCUUCUCAGUACCUGUCAUUUUAUAUUACAUCUAACAUCUCCCCCCCCUCUCUUUUCAUCGGUAACCGUUCCGAGAGAAUGCCUCGUUUUUGCCAACUUGUAUUGAUCGGAGAUGGUUGCAUUUGUGGGCCUCUCGUCCUAUUGCAUCGUGGUCAUCAUGUCAAAAAUUUUGGGGUUUUUUCCCCGUUUCUCAAAUAAUGUCCCGAAAAUCCUUCUAAAAUUACUAUUGUAACUGUCAUUUCACAAUAAAUUCUAUAUCAUCUUCCAUUUUCUAUAUUGAUAACGUGGGUAGAUGUCUUUCGCAAAAGACAAUAUGAUGAUGAUCAUCAUCAUCAUCGUAUAAAAAUGCACGACUAAACUAUUUUUUUGUGAACCUGGGGCUUAGGGUUAUGGCAAGACAGAGGCCUCAAUCUUUCACUAAAAGUAAUUUUCUUUUUUAGAUUUUUUCAUAAAUUAUAUGUUUCAUUUAAUUUGAUUUCCCACGCAGACAUUAUAGUAAUAAAAUAAUUUUGUUCCUGAAGUUUGCGCAUCGGUAUUCGAUUUGUAAUAUCCUGAAAUUAUUUCAAAGAGUUAAACGAAUAAAAGUGACUAAAAUUGUAAGUCUGAAAUCAUACCUCCCAACUCUCUUCUUGUCACUUUCUACGUUUCUUUAUCUUACUAUUCCCUCAAAAAGAGCAAAGCAAUUACUGAAAGUAAAAGAAAGUAUUUUUUCUUGAAUAAAUUAUAGCAUCCGCAAU